UCUCAGAGUUUCGGAAAUUAAAGAAAAACCAAGCGAGGGUCAAGCCUACUCCAUCUUCAAAUCGCUUUAGGGUUUAACAGAGAUAGAAAGAGGGAGAGGAAGCGGUCGGACUCUAAAACUUUCAGCUUUGCGUGAGGGGGUGGCUCAGCUAUAGCUAUUUCGAAAGAUUCGAGUGGGAUCAGUAGUCGUUGCCCAAAUGGUGGGGAGGAAACAGCGUGAGAAAAAGAAAACAAAGGAUGAGGAUGGUUCCUUGAAAGAGGAAAGCUCUUUGAAAGAUAGAUUGCUUGCGAGUGGAGGGGAGAGUUUAACUCCAAGUAUUGAAAUUAUGAAGAAGAAGAGGAGGAGGAGUGAGAAGCAUGAGGCUGGUGCUGAGGAUGUUGGAGUAAGUUCUAGUCUAAGUGAGCGUAAUGUAGAUGUCAAUAAUGCUGCAGACAACAAUGAGAGGAAGAAGAAAAAGGAGAAGAAGAAGAAGAAGAGCGAGAGGCAUGGGGAUUGCAGUGAGGUUGUUGCAGUAAGUUCUAGUCUAAGUGAGGGUAAUGUUGAUGUCAAUAACGCAGCAGAGAAAAAUGAGAAGAAGAAAAAGAAGAGCAAGAGGCAUGAGGCUUGCGUUGAGGAUGAUGCAGUUGGUUUAAGUGAGGGUAAUAUAGAUGUCAAUAAUGCACGAGGCGGGAAUGAGAAGAAGGAGAGGAAGAGAAAAUUGGAGCAUGGUAACAAUGAGAAAGAAUCUCAAGUGGCUAGGAAGAAAAAUAAGGUGAGUGAAGUAGGAGAGGUUUUGGAGGAGACCCAUGUGCGAAUGGAGGAUAAUAUGGGCUUGCAAAAGAAUGUCCAUGUGGAUUUGGUCAGAAACUCCGAGUCAGAAGUGAGAAGAGAUAGGAAAAAGAAUCGAAAGGAGAAGAGCAGAGAAGAUAGAUCAAGCACCGUUGCCUCUGUGGUUAACAUCCUUGACGAUAACAGAAGGGAACAGGUGGUUGGUGUACAGAAAGGCCCUGAGAGUGAAGGUAUUGCUAACAUGAAUAAUGGGGAAGGACAGGAUCGCAAGAAGGAAAAAAAGAAGAAACGGAAGUAUGGUGGUGGUGGUGAGGUAAUUGAAAGGGCAGCUGAUGGAAAAGAUGCUGGAAGAGAGGAGUCGACUGAAAUUGUUCAGGACAAGGUAGAUUCUUCAAAGAAGGAGAAGAAGAAAAAGAAGAAAAGGCACAAUGUUGUUCAAGAGGCUGCUUCAAUUCAAAUUAUGGCCAAGACCAUGGGUGACCAAAGCAGUGUAAUAGAAAGUGAUGGAGGUAAUUCAAGUUCGAUUAAAAAUAAGGCAAGAGAUGGAAAACUAAAGGUCAGUGAUGAGGGUGGAAGCAAAAGGAAGAAGAAGGCCAAGUCGUUGGGGAAUGGUUCAAAAGAAAAAAGUAGCAAAAGAGUAACACAAACGGAGAAAGAUGUCGAGACUACUGGUCCAUCAGAAAAAUCUUCAUUGAAAGCGACAUCUAAGAGAGUAAGUUUUUGUGAAGAUGUGGAGGUUUUCCCUACAUCUGAUGGUCCUAGUGAUGAGAAGGCUGUUGGGGAAGACGGCUUAGUGCGAGGGAAGCGGUUCUCACACGAGGAAGAUGAAAUGGUUAAAGAAGCUGUUUUAAACUAUAUCGAUGUUCAUGGUUUAGGUGCAGAGGGUCUAAACAUGGUGCUGAAUUGCAAAAAGCACCCCGCAAUUGUACAGUGUUGGAAGGAAAUAGGGGCGGCCUUACCUUGGAGGCCUCGUCAGAGUGUAUAUCAUCGAGCCCAUAUACUGUUUGAAAGGGACCAGAAUUCUUCUUGGAGCCUAGAAGAGUAUGAACUUAUCCGGAAGUUCCAUGAAAAACACGGAUCAGAUUGGAAGACACUGGCAGAAGCCCUGGGAAAACAUAGGUUUCAUGUAAAGGAUACGUGGCGGAGAAUAAAACUGAUCAAUAUGAAGAAAGGAAAAUGGUCCCAGGACGAGUACCAGUCUUUAUUCGAUUUUGUGAAUUUGGAUCUGCGCUUGAAAGCUUUUGAAGAAAGGAAAACAAAGCAUGGGAUGUUACGAGAUAAUAUUAGCUGGACAGCAAUUAGCGAGAAGUUAGAAACUAGGACUGAUGCUCUCUGCUGCCAAAAAUGGUAUGACCAGUUAACAUCACCUAUGGUAGCCGAAGGGAAAUGGCUUGAUACAGAUGACUAUCGGCUGCUGAUGGAGCUCUACGACUUGGAUGCUUGCUGCAUGGAAGAUGUUGACUGGGACAAUCUUCUAGAGCACAGGUCUGGAGAUAUAUGCCGUAAGCGAUGGAACCAAAUGGUCAAACACCUUGGUGACCAUCGUAACGAGUCAUUCACUGACCAAGUUGACGUUCUAAUUAAGCGGUACUGUCCUAAUGUGCUUGAAGCAAGAGAAGCCUACAACAGCAAACCUGCAGUUCCUUGAGCCUCUUGUGUGGUUUAUCACUCCAUUUGUGAUCCCAGUCUAAGUGUUGGUGUCCCUGGAUUAGGUUGCUAUUGAUUAAUGUAAUGAAAUGAAGUCUUAUUCCCAAGCGACUGAACUUUGCUUAAAUCCCCAUUGCUUUUUUCUGCUGCUGUUUUGUAAUUUUGAUUUGAAGAUCAAGAGAGUGUGAAAGGGAAUGGAUUCCUUUCCCUUGUUUAAACAUGAUGGUCAUAUUUGUAUUUUGUGAUUUUUGCAGACUACUUUUUUUACCAGGCCUUGUAACAUGCAGGUUUCUUGUUAGCAUCA